AUGGGCUUCCUCGCCUCGCUGGACGUCAACCACGUCCUCCGGCUGAUGGACCGCAUGGGCGAGGAGAUUCCCGCCGAGGCGCCCUGGCGGUGUCCUCACGCCGAGCAGUGGGACCAGAUGACCUUCAAGGAGUUCCUCCUGGAGAACACCAGCACCCAGGAGGCACGUGACUUUAUGCGCCUUUUCAUCACCCUCAUCGUCACCAGCGAGCCCUACCAGUCCAGUCUGCUCUGGUUCCUCUGGUACGUCAAGCAGUGCGGCGGCACGCAGCGCAUCUUCGCCACCCGCAACGGCGGCCAGGAGUUCAAGAUGGAGGGCGGCACGAAUCAGAUCACCGAGCGGCUCGCCGAUGUGGUCGGCCGCCAGGCGCUGCACCUCAACUCGGCCGUCUACUACAUCGAGCAGCAGGAGAACGCCGAAGCCGAAGCCGAAGAAGGUUCUAAAAGCGACGGCCCCCGUCCGCGCGUCACCGUGAAGACGCUCAACGGGCGGACCUUCACCGGCGAGCGGGUGAUCAUGGCGACGCCGCCGGCCGUCCAGCAGAAGAUCCACUACCAGCCGCCGCUGCCGGCGAUGCGCAACCAGCUGCUGCAGCGGACGCCCCAGGGCACCGUCUUCAAGUGUAUCGUCUACUACGAGCGUGCCUUCUGGCGGUCGCGCGGCAUGUGCGGCAGCAUGCUGCUGCUGGGCGACGACGAGGAGGUGCCGGUCAAUUACGCCCUCGACGACAGCAAGCCGGACGGAGGGCGGCCGGCCAUUGUCGGCUUCCUCCCGGCGGACAAGGCGCGAAAGCUGAUGGAACGCACCAAGGAGGAGCGGCUGGCGAUCAUCGUCGCCUCCUACGCGGCCGCCUUCGCCACCGAGGAGGCGCUCAGUCCGGUGCACUACGAGGAGCAGAACUGGAGCGCCGAGCAGUAUUCAGGCGGCUGCUACACCAUGACCCUGGGCCCCGGCUUUCUCACCCGCUACGGACCUCACCUGCGACGACCAGUCGGCCGAAUGCACUUUGCCGGCACGGAGACGGCCACCGAAUGGUCGGGCUACAUCAACGGCGCUGUUCAGGCGGGCGAACGCUGCGCCCGAGAGGUGCUCCUCGAGCUGGGCCGCCUGACGAAGCAGGAGGCGGCCCGUGCCCAGGUGGAGCCCGUGUCAACCGAGUACCCGCCUCUGGAGGUGCCGGCCGCCGGUCUCUACGAGCGAUACGCUCCCUCGGCGCGGGGCUUCAUCACCGGCGCCAUCACCGCCGCGCUGUCGCUGGCCGUGGUGGGCGUUGCGUUUGCAGUGCAUAGUAUUGGAGGAGCCGAUCAGUGUUGGAGCUCACUUGUACAGUCGUACUUCGGUGGUGGUGGGGGUAAAUAA